GCCAGCUGCUCGAGGACUCCGUGAUUGCAGUGAAAGUUCGCAAGUUUGAUUUGAUGCAAAACUGAUGCGACUCCCGCAUCGCAUUUGGAGUUUGUGCUGCUUGAACCGCCGCAAGGACGACAAGCGACUCGCGCCGAUGUCGACCGCUUACGAGAAGCGCCAAGACGAAACAGAAAGCUCGUGGGAACUUGUUUGCUAACGGAAAGAAAAUGCAGACGCCCUCGUUGUUUAGCUUUCUGUUUGCUUCACUCCUGGCUUUUUUCGACAAACCAGCAGAGUGCCUUGACAAUGGACAGGCGUUAACUCCGCCGAUGGGAUGGAUGUCGUGGGAGAGAUUUCGGUGUAACGUCGACUGCUACAAGGACCCGGACAACUGUUUAAGUGAGAAGUUAUUCAUGAGGAUGGCAGAUCACCUUGCCGACGAUGGAUAUCGAGAUGCGGGCUACGUUUACCUGGUCAUCGACGAUUGUUGGUCCGAACGACAACGAACCAACGACGGCUACCUGAUGGCCGAUCUGGAAAGAUUCCCGCGCGGUUUGAACUUUCUCUCAGACUACAUUCACAGUAAAGGCCUGAAGUUCGGUAUGUACACAAACUACGGGCAUUCCACGUGCAUGGGUUUUCCCGGCACCGAGGAUCACGACAUGGAGAAAGACGCCGAGAGGUUUGCCGCGUGGAAAAUUGACUACCUGAAGGUGGACGGUUGUCACACCACAGCGAAGCAGCAGAGUAAAGGUUACACAAGAUUUUCCGAGUACCUCAACAAGACGAACCGCCCGAUCGUGUAUUCCUGCAGCUGGCCGUAUUAUGAUUUGUUCCUCAACAAAGUUGAGCCAAAUUUUCCUCAGCUGGAGAAAGACUGCAAUCUAUGGAGGAACUAUCAUGACAUACGUGACAACUGGUUCAUGAUUGAGUCAGUUAUAAAUUUUUUUGGAGACAACCAGGAAGUCUUUGCAAAGUAUGCUGGUCCAGGCCAUUGGAAUGAUGCAGAUAUGCUUAUGAUAGGAAACUUCAGGCUGACACAGGAGCAAGCUGAAGUACAGAUGGCAUUGUGGGCUAUCCUUGCCAGUCCGCUGCUGAUGUCAAAUGAUCUAAGGAAGAUCCCAGAGGCAGCUAAGAAGCUAUUGCAGCAUAAGGAAAUAAUUGCUAUAAACCAGGACCCACUUGGAAUUCAAGGCAAACGAGUCUUUAUGGACAAGGAUGUCAGCGUCUGGUUGAGGCCCAUAACACCUGUGGUAGAUGGGAUGCACUCGUACGCCAUUGCCAUCAUCAACCACAACACAUCAUACUCUGCCCAAGUGUGGCUGCCACUGGAUCAGCUGGGCUUGAACUACACAAAGGGCUACCAGUUCCGGAACGUCAUCGCUAUGCAGGAUCUGGGCACUUACUUUCCUCACAAUCGGCACGAAGCGGGUGUUCAAUCUACUGGUGUUGUCCUGCUCAAGGCUGUGCCUAACAGAGGUUGAGAAUAUCGCGGUGUACGAGCUUUUAUUACAACAGUAC